AUGAUUGAUAUUUGGAAAUAACAUUUAGGGUGUUCACUAUAAUCAAUGAAUAUGGAAUUCAAUUAGAAUAUUUAGAACAUUAAUUAUAUUAAAAUUAUAUUAGGAAAAGAAAAUGCUCAAAAAUGGAAUUUUUAAAACUGA